AUGAAUUAUCUAAAACAAAUGUUUGAUGAGUGGAGAGCGCAGCAAGAAAAAGAUCUACUGAGGAACUUGGAUGCGAAAAUACAAAGAAAAACGGGAAGCUACUGGCAUCAGAUUAGUAUUUCAGCUGGGGCAGUUUUGCCUGUUGCUAGCAUCAGGUCUGUGCAUCUUGAAUGUUUGGUUGUUCUCGUUGUUGCUGGUAAUGUUCUUGUCUCCAAAAUAGUCCACCUGAACUUGGCUGAUGGAGCAAAAAGAAGUGAAUUGCUGCAGAGUGGACACUGCAGUUUGCCAAAUGAAUGGGGUGUAGCUGACAGCGAGCUUUUUCAAAAGCAAAUCCUGGGUGCGACUGGCAGCAGACGGAGGAGUAUUCCUAUUAGCCUUCAACUAAAUUCUUCAGAGAUAGAAGAGCGAAUCGACAACAAUAACAAUGGUGGUGCGUAA